AUGACACAAGUAGGUUAUACAAGUGUUGAAAAGCACGAGAUUAUAUUUGAAUGGAGAAUAAAUGAGAUAAGCUUGUAUUUGACAAAUUUCGAUGGACAUCGUAAAGGAGACGUAAUCCUAUAUUCGGAGGAGUUUUCAGCAGGGUCGAAGAUGAAAGACAACUGGAAACUUCAACUGAAAUUUAAUGAUUCAGAUUCAAAUGAAAAUAAAGAUUAUGUGUCACUUUAUCUUUACUUAUUGAGUAAAAAAAAAGUGAUCAAUGCUAAUUGUACAUUUUUCUACUUGAUAAAUAACUCUUAUGAAUUAAAUCUUCGUAGUUAUAAUAAAACUUUUGAAAAUAGUAUUGGGUAUGGUAUUCGGAAGUUUUAUUCAAAAAAAUUGCUGUUGAAAGAGAAAGAUCGGUAUAUUCCGAACGAUACAUUGGUAGUUGGUGUGAAAUUGAUUGUGUUUGAUCGUAGUACUACAAUUCCAAAGGAUUUAAAAAAUAAGCCAACACAUCGAUUGAUUGAUGACUUAGUGAAUAUUUAUAAGAAUGAAAAAAAUACUGAUAUUGUCUUAAAAGUGGAAGAUAAAUCAUUUAAGGCUCAUAAAACAAUUUUAAAGGCGCGCUGCCCAGUACUGUUAUCUGAAUUAUUUGCAAUUGGGACAAAAGAAGAAGACGAAGACGAAGACAGUAUUACAAUACCAGAUAUGAAUUCCAACACUUUUGGUAAUAUUCUUGAAUUCAUUUACUCUGAUCGAGUUGAGGAUUUAAAUGAUGCUGAAAAUUUAUUAAAAUCUGCUGUAAAAUAUGACUUACAAGGUCUAAAAGAACUGUGUGUUCAAUCUCUUUACAGAGGUUUAAAUGUUAUUAAUGCACCGAGAUUACUUGAUUUGGCAAAUAAAUACAAUAUUUUAGAACUACUGGAAUUCGUUUCUGACUUUAUUGUUCUCAAUGCUGAGAAAAUUAUAAAUACUUCAGAAUAUCAAGCCAUAGAGGAAUCAAAAUCAUCAAUAGGUAUUAUUCUGAUUAAAAAAAUUGCAGCUUUUAAAAUAAAUGGUAUUCUUAAACUCAAUAAUUCUAUUAAACAAGAAAAAGAUGUAAUGAUCCACUCUGUGGCAGCUGAACAUUUUCCCGGUGCUGAAACUGAUGAAGAUUUUAUAAAAGCCGCCUUUAAAAUGCAUUUUGAAAAAAAAAAAAUGAAUUGCCAAAUAAUGUCAUUAGACAAAAGAGUCGAAGCUUAUAAUUCUGCAAUGACCCUUGCACUGCCUGGAUCGGAGUCAUUGGCUCAUGCUUUCGCAAAUCGUUCAAUAGUCUUAUCAAAUGCGGCAGUGUACGAAGAAUCUUUAAAGGAUAUAGACCAUGCUCUAAAAGCUAAUUAUCCAGAUAACUUGAAAGCUUUGUUGUUUGCUCGGAAAGCCAAAAACCUAUUAGCUUUAGACCCAACAGCAGAUAUUGAACAGACUUUGAAUGAAGCUAGACAAUGGGCAUUGAAAAUGAACGACAAGGAAAAAAAUAAGCUUUUGGACAAUCUUGAUAAGUUAAAAACGAAGAAUUAUAAAAAACCAGUUAAAGAACGUGAUGGUCGGAUAUUUGUGCCAUCUCCACCGAACGGUAAUACAAAAAUUAAAGAUACUUCAGCUGCUAUUACUAUUAACUAUUCUGAAAAAUUCGGACGUCAUAUCGUAGCUACUAGAGACAUGAUGGCAGGUGAAGUAAUUUCUGUUAAACGAGCUUACGCCUUAGUACUUUCAAGUGAAUACAGAUUCAAACUUUGUUGGAACUGUUCAAAGCAUUGCUGGUCAUCUGUUCCCUGUAAUACAUGUUCAAACGUUAUUUAUUGCAGUGAAGAGUGUCGAAAUGUUGCCUGGAAAGAUUACCAUGACAUAGAAUGUUCUAUUUUGACUGGUUUAUUGUCCUCAACUCAUCAUUAUGAAGAUAUCAGUCUUAUGAGCUUGAGAUUAUUUAUUAAAGCUAUCAAAGAAUUCGGGACUGUAAAAGCGUUGUAUGAAAGUGUUCAAAAGAUCGAAUCAACAGAACAGAAGGUUCAUACUCCAAACACAAACAAUGAGGUACUUCACUGUGGUGGACUGUUAAACCCUCUAGAGUCGUUGUACAAUCACAGUUGUGACCCUAAUACGGGAAUUAUUGUGUGUCUUGACAUGUCUGCAUUCAUAACUCUGCAAACUAUUAAAAAAGGUGAACAGUUGUUUAUUUCUUACGGAUAA